AUGCUAAGUCUGCAGUUAUGCCACAAGCUUUGUCCAUUUUAUGUUAGUUCAACACAACUCUCAUCCUCAGAUAAUGUCAUCUCUGGAUGAGUUGUAUCAGUAUCAACUCUUCUGUGACCCAUAAUGUAUCUCUUCUUUAUUUUUCUUGGAUCUCUAGCCAUGAUUGGCACAGGAAUUGGAGGCGUCAGUACCAACAGAGUUGGCAGGCGCGCUCAAGCUGGCGAUAUUUGUCGUAUUGUAGCACCCUUGAGCCCUGGUCUGCCCCAACUUCUCAACGAAACCGUACAAGUUGUGACGGAUCUAGGCUUCACGGCACAAAUAUCUAACGAUAUUUACGACAUUAUUGGACCGGACGAUGGGGAACAGUGGUAUUCCAACACGGACGAGUUCCGAGCUCGCGACUUGGCCGAUGCAAUAUUGGACCCGCAAGUUAAAAUUAUUUGGUUGAUCAACGGCGGCUCUGGAGCGUUUCGGACCAUCGAAGGGCUCGAGAGGAUGUUGCCACCUGCUCCGCUGCCUUCUAAACCAAUCAUAGGAUUCAGUGCAGUCACGCCGAUAUUUGCGUACCUCCAACAAAAAUAUGACUGGCCCACGAUUCAUGGAGCAGUGCUAGAUUUAAUUGUGCAGAACUAUUAUGAAAACAGCACAGAAAUUUCGGUGGACCCGUUGAUAGAUUUAAUGUAUGGAAAUAUCACCAAUACGACGGUGCCAUUUUUGACGAGGAUAGAUAACGGAACGGUGCUUGACGAACCAUUAAUUUCUACAGUGGUGGGAGGUAGUUUCAGACAGAUUGCGUUAACAAUUGGAACGCCGUAUAAGCUUAACACGACGGGCAGAAUUCUAUUCCUCGAGAUGUUUGAGCAAGAUCCGAAUUCUGUGCAAGACUUUUUUGAUGCUCUCCUUUUUUCUGGAACGUUUGACAAUGUGUCCGCAAUUGUUUUUGGCGAUUUUAUGGCAGAUAUGUUUCACCCUCCACACAAAAUUCAGUGGAUUCUGGAAAAAUUUGCGAACGAGAACCCGAGAGUGACCGCGCCCGUUUUUAGGCUGUUUGGAAUCGGUCACACAAACACUAAUCAUCCGCUGCCUUUUAAUACGAAAGCCGUGCUACGUAACGUAAUUGGGGACACAUACAUGCUCACUGUGGACAAUGUGUACUAAUUCAAAUUAAUUAAAUAUCACCCGAAAUAAUAACAUAAAUCAUGACUAACAAGAAUGACGUGAUAUGAAA